AUGGUUCGCGGAGUCGGCUUCACCUCCGGCCUGGCGGCUGCCGCGGUGGUGGCCACAGCUCAUGCUGCUGCCCCUCGCUAUGCCCUUUACUUUGACCAGUAUCAUACCGCCGUCCUGCCCAACAGAACAAUGACUGCUGGUAUUACGCAUGUCAUUACUGCUUUUGCCAACUCGUCCUACUUCGUGGCCGACGCUGGCGAGACAAUGGGCUCGUACACACCGUUCAUGGACCUGACCGACAUCCGUGCCAUGUUCGACAACGGUACGAAGGUGUGUAUGGCUAUCGGCGGCUGGGGCGAUCUCGAGGGUUUCCGUCUUGGUGCUGCAACCGACGCGUCGCGCGCCGCAUACGCCCAGAACGUGGCCGCCACCCUGGAUACCCUUGGCUACGACUGCAUCGACGUCGACUGGGAGUACCCAGCCGGCAAUGGCUACGACUACAAGCAGGUGCCCAACGCCCAGCUCACCGCCGAGAUCGAGACGUACCCGCUGUUCCUGGCCGCUAUCAAGUCCGCCAUCGGCGACAAGGAACUCUCCAUCGCCGUGCCAGCCCUGGAGCGCGAUAUGCUCGCCUACACGGCCGAGACAGUGCCUCAGAUCAGCGCAGCAGUCGAUUUUGUGAACAUCAUGACCUACGACCUGAUGAACCGCCGCGACAACUUCACCAAGCACCACACCGACGUGAACGGCUCCCUCGCCGCCAUCGAGACCUACCUUACGCGCGGCAUGGACCCGGCCAAGAUGAACCUGGGCAUCGCCUUCUACGCCAAGUACUUCACCCUCGCCGCCAACACAACCUGCACCACCGGCCCCAUCGGCUGCCCCAUCGCGCUCGCCGAGGACGCAGAGGGCCAGGAUACAGGCACCUCGGGCGCCGUGACCUUUGAGGCAACCUCCUUCCCCGCCGCUGGGCCUACCAACCUGACUGCGUCCCCCGACAGCUCCUGCGGCGUGGGCACCUCCUUUGCGUGCACGGGCAAUGCCACCUCGGGCUCCUGCUGCUCCCAGUAUGGCUUCUGCGGCGACACAAGCGCCCACUGCGGCACUGGCUGCCAGAGCGACUACGGUACCUGCGCGGCAGCGACCAAAUCGACGGCGCAGUCCUUUGCCGAUGCUUUGGUUCAGGGCGAGACAGACACGGUGCGCGGUGGGCAAUGGUGGGUGGAUGACGUGGCCGGCCUGUUCUGGACCUGGGACACACCGGAGCUCGUCGCGCGCAAGUUUUCCGAGAUCAUCGAGGCCAAGGGCCUGGGCGGGGUCAUGGCCUGGUCGCUGGCUGAGGAUAGCUAUGACUGGGGGCUGCUGAAGGCGAUGCAGGAUGGUGUUGCUGGGUUGAAUGCGGUGGAGCAGAAGAGGAAGAUUCGACGGAGACGGUAUUAA